UUUUGCUGUCGCCAGCAAAAUAAAUUUUGUGAAGUACACGUAAAAUAUUUGCAGCUUAUAAAUAUAUUGCGCAUAUAAAUUUGGCAAUGUCAUUAACUGUGGCUCAAUAAAUACACUUACAUAUAUACAAAAACAUCCAAGAGCAAAGCAAAAGAGCAGCAACAAUGGCUAAUUUGACCUUGUUGUUUCUAACUUUAACACUUUGCGUUGCCAGCACUGUGCAGCGGCAAUUGGUGCUGGAAGACAUAAACGGGAAGCAGAAUUUGGAGAAAGAUCAGAACAUAGUACACUAUCAGCCAGAGCAGGUGCAUCUAGCAUUUGGAGAAAGUGUGCUGGACAUUGUCGUUACCUGGAACACGCGUGACAAUACAAAUGAAUCUCUAUGCGAAUACGGCAUCGAUAGCAUCACUGAGCAAAGUGCCAAGGCUGCUCAAGGACCCACAGCGUUUGUUGAUGGCGGCGCCCAGAAGGCCACACAGUACAUACAUCGCGUGACACUGCCCAAGCUCCAAGCGAACACAACGUAUCGCUAUCACUGCGGCAGCCAAUUGGGCUGGUCGGCCAUCUAUUGGUUCCACACGGCACUCAAUCACAGCAACUGGUCGCCCUCGCUGGCCAUCUACGGCGACAUGGGCGUGGUGAACGCCGCCUCGCUGCCGGCACUGCAGCGCGAGACGCAGCUGGGCAUGUACGAUGCCAUACUGCACGUUGGUGACUUUGCCUACGACAUGUGCAAUGAGAACGGGGAGGUUGGGGAUGAGUUCAUGCGCCAGGUGGAGACGAUUGCCGCCUAUGUGCCGUACAUGGUCUGUGUGGGCAAUCACGAGGAGAAGUACAAUUUCUCGCACUAUGUCAAUCGAUUCAGCAUGCCCGGCGGCACGGACAAUCUGUUCUACAGUUUCAACUUGGGACCAGUGCACUUUAUUGGCUUUAGCACCGAGGUCUACUACUUCACACAGUACGGCAUUAAGCCAAUUGUCAUGCAAUAUGAUUGGCUCGAACGUGACCUGAUCGAGGCCACCAAGCCGGAGAACCGCGCCCAACGUCCGUGGAUCAUAACCUAUGGCCAUCGUCCGAUGUACUGCAGCAAUGACAACGGCGACGACUGCGCCAAUCAUGAGACAGUCGUGCGCAAGGGUCUGCCCGGCUUGAACUUCUUUGGUCUCGAGCCGCUCUUCUACAAGUACGGCGUAGACGUGGAGCUGUGGGCGCACGAGCACUGCUAUGAGCGCAUGUGGCCCAUGUACAACUAUACCGUGUACAAUGGCUCGCUGACGGAGCCGUAUGUGAAUCCGGGCGCACCGGUGCACAUCAUCUCCGGCGCUGCCGGCAAUCAUGAAGGUCGUGAGCCAUUCUUCAAGGAAAUGCCACCAUGGAGCGCCUUUCACAGCCAGGACUUUGGCUAUCUGCGCCUCAAGGCGCACAAUGCCAGCCAUCUGUACUUUGAGCAGGUGUCCGAUGACAAAGGCGGCGUCAUCAUUGACAGCUUCUGGGUGAUCAAGGAACAGCAUGGACCAUAUACCCCCUGAAUAUGUGAUAUUCCUAAGGACUAUAAUUCAUAUUCCAUAUUCCUAUCCAUAUAAAACCAAAUAUAUAUAUUUUAUACCAUUAUUCGAAUAAAUGAUAUGCACAUUA